AUGAACAACAAUGGCUUGCGGCUGCUUUCGUUUGCCACGUUCAAUGAUCUGGUCAUCGGAAAUAGCCUAUACCAGCAUGCACGAAAGCAUCAGCUGACAUGGAGAAAUCCAUCUGGUCACGAUUCAGCAGUCCUGGACUAUGUACUAAUCAAUUCUCGAUACAGGUCAUCGCUAAAGGAUGUGCGUGCAAUGAGAGGCCCGGAUUGCGGAUCAGAUCACUACCUUCUACGAGCAGUCGUGCAGCUCCGCCUACAGUGUGCUAAGCGAGGUAAACGCCAACCGAAAGUAGACUGGGAGCAACUUUUGAAGCUGGAGGGUGAAGCAGGACUUUACACAAAUUGCACUGUCAAAUUCGUUUGGCUGCGGUUCACGGAGCCAGUCACGAUUAGAGAGCCACCCCAGAACCAACACCGAGGCCGGCGCAAGUAUGGAGGAAGAGCUGCAUUCGAUAGCGUCCACUGGCCAGCGCUAUGGAAAGCCCUAGAGUGUGAACACGUUCCGGACAAAAUUGUGAGGCUGUUGCGGAGAUGCCGCGUGUCAAUGGAACUGUCACCUGUAUCCGCCCGUCAAGGAUGA